AUGAGAAGCUUCAAAUGUGACCCGGAAUCGGAGUUGGAAGAAGGGCCUAAACUCGCCGAUUGCGGUGGGACCAAGGCAGAGCUCGGGCAGCAAAAAUUGGGUAUUUGGACCACCAACUCGAGCACCGGUGACGAGUCGACAACUCCUACCUCCAGUUCCAAGAGGGGUCCCAAUCGUUCCUUUGCGGUUCGAAACUCAAGGUCAAGAUAUGGGUCACACAGAACGCCUUACAGCCAUGUACAUCACCAGGGAGGAGGUGGUGGGGGUGCAAAUUCAGCGAAAUUUUGGAACCCGGUGCUAAGCCAGAGACAGAUCUUCACUUAUCUCACGCCGAUCAAAGUGGAGGACAUUCCAUUGACAUGCAAACCCCAGUUUUGGAAGGAUUGGGAGAAUUAUUGGGUCCAUUGCCCUCUAGACCCAAUUAAUCCGUAUCGAAAGAAUCUAUCUCUUCAGCGUCCUGAUUUAAAAAUGAAAAUAUGUAUGUGGAAUGUUCGGGGGGCUUGUCGCGAUCUUUUUAAGGCGCAUGCAAAGGAAAUUGUUAAUUCUCAGCAUCCAGACAUUUUUAUUUUUUUGGAGACAAAAUCUGAUGCUUCAAGGGGAAGGGAUGUGAUGAACUACCUCAAUUAUGAUGCAUGCAGGACCAUUCGUCCAGUAGACAAAAGGGGUGGUAUUUGGGUAUUUUGGAAAAAGACAGUCGAUUUAAUUGAGUUUGAUGCGGAGAACAACCACUUUCACUCCCUUUUUCGUUUCAAAAAUUUGGGGAAAGAGGCCUUGGUGACGGGAAUGCAUGCUCCUUCUACUUCAGCAGCUAGACACAAGUAUUGGAGAAACAUGCAAGCUGAUCUACCUCCCCCAAACACUUCGUGGUUGGUGCUGGGUGAUUUAAAUGAGGUUACUAAUCAGUCAGAGAAGAAGGGGGGGCGUCAAUUCAGACUGUCUCAGUGCUCGGACCUGGUCAAUUUCAUGGAUGCAGGAGGGUUGGUGGAUAUCGGCUAUAAUGGGUGUCCUUACACUUGGACUAAUGCUCGUCAAGGUCUGGAGUUGAUUCAGGAACGGCUUGAUCGUGCUCUGGUUAAUUCGGUAUGGCUUAACAAUUUCCCUUUCACUAAAGUUCAUCAUCUACCUCGUACAUAUUCUGAUCAUUCCCCUAUUUUAAUUUCUCUUACGCACUCUUUUAGAACUGGUAAUUACCCAUUUAGAUGUAAGGAGGUUUGGUUAACUCACCCAGACUUUUCUAAAUAUUUUGUAAAUAAUUGGAUGCCUCCUAACGAAGAUUUCCUAAAAGGAAAAGACAAUUUCAACAAUACUGUAGGAAAUUGGAAUUACAAUAUUUUUGAAUCUGAUCUCAUUAAUGAGCUUAAUGAUAUUUACAAAAAGGAAAGAAUUAUUUGGGCUCAAAAAUCAGGAUUAUGGAUUACUAAUAACGACGAGUUAAAAUCCUUAGCUACUGAUUACUUUGCUAAAUUAUUCACGACUACUCAUACUUAUGGUAUCCUCAAUAAUAGAAAUAAAAGUGUCUUGAAAUUACUUGAGGAAGAAAAAGUAACUUUGGACUCGUGUGUUUCAUUAGAGGAAGUAUGGAAUAAUCUUUUUAAUAUGGCUCCAAUCAAGGCUCCGGGCCGGAUGGAGAUCAAUUACUCUUAUAUCGCUUUAAUUCCAAAGAUUUAUGCCCCCUCUUUUAUUACUGAGUUUCAACCAAUAGGACUGUGCAAUACUAUUUAUAAGAUUAUUACUAAGAUCAUUUCUUCUAGGUUAAAGCUAGUCUUAGGUCGAAUUGUAAGCCCUUUACAAUCAAGUUUUAUCAAAGGUAGGGGGGUAGAGGAUAAUGUGAUUUUGGUGAAAGAAAUGGCUCAUCAUUUUCACAAGGCCAAAAAAAGAAAUAAAAUUAUGGCGUUAAAAUUGGAUAUUUCUAAGGCAUAUGAUAGUUUGGAAUGGGAUUUUAUACGGGACACUUUAAUUUAUUUUGACUUUCCUAAUAAGAUUAUUCAUUUAAUAAUGUCCUGCAUUACUUCUCCUGUAAUUUCAAUACUUUGGAAUGGCGAAAUUUGUGAUAAGUUUACCCCAUCAAGGGGUAUUCGUCAAGGGGACCCUCUUUCGUCUUAUAUUUUUGUUUUAUGUCUUGAUAGGUUAUCUUCUAUGAUUGAAGAAAAAGUGCAAUCUGGAUCUUGGAAACCAAUAGCUCUUACUAAGAAUAUUAAAAUGUCUCAUGUUUUUUAUGCUGAUGAUGUGUUUCUUUUUAGUAUAGCCUCCAUUGACAAUAUGCAUAGUAUCAUGAAUACUCUGGAGUCCUUUGGAGAAAUGUCUGGCCUUAAAAUCAGUAUGACCAAAUCCACCUUGAUUUUCCCUCGUACCGUUCAUGAUUCCAUUAGACAGGAUAUUGCUUCCACUUAUGGAUUUAAAAUCUCUUCAUGCUUUGGAAAGUACUUAGGAGUGGACAUUCGUCCCAAUAAGUUAAAAAUUAGUAACUACCUGUCCCUUCUUGAUAAAUCCACUACUAAAGUAAGAGGUUGGCAAGCCAAGCUUCUAAACAUGGCAGGAAGACGUACUUUAAUCAAAUCUGUCCUUAAUUCUCAACCCCUUUAUGUCAUGCAAACCAAUCUGCUUCCGGCUUCUACUAUUUAUGAGUUGGAAAUAUGUACUAGAAAAUUCUUGUGGAAUAAACCAGACCAAAAUAGAUACAUGUCCCGUCUUUCUUGGGAUAAAAUCACUUCUUCUGUUACUUAUGGGGGACUUGGGAUUAGACGUCUAAAAGAAUGGAACUUAGCUUUUAUGGCAAAACUAGGGUGGACCAUCCCCACAAAGCCAGAUAAGCUAUGGGUUAAAUUGUUUAAAGAAAAGUAUAUUAACAAAUCAAACUUUAUGGAUUGUAUUAGUAACGGAAAUCAGUCGGCUCUUUGGAGAGACAUUCUCAAGGGACGUCGUAUUCUGCAAAAAGGUCUAAUCAUAAAUAUUGGAAAUGGUCAGAAUACUUCAUUAUGGUAUCACCAUUGGGUUGGGGAGGCUCCUUUAUACACUCUUAAAGAGAUUAAAAUUCCAAAUUCCAAGGCUCAUUGGUUUGUCAGCAAAAUCAUUCGGAAUGGGAGAUUGUAUUUAAAGGAUAUAGAACAUCUUAUUCCCACUCAUAUUCAACAUCAAAUCCUAGCUUAUCCUCUCUCUACUACAGACAAGGAAGAAGAUUUUAUUAGAUGGAAUUAUUCGAAAAAUGGAACCUUUAACAUCAAAUCAUCUUAUUUCUGUCAAAUACAUGCUCCCAUUUCUCACAAUAUUAAGAAUAAUAACUUUUGGAACUCUAUUUGGAAAAUCAAAGUGCCUUACAAAUAUAGAAUGUUAUUAUGGAAUUGCAGGCAUGAAAUUCUCCCUGAACUGUACCCAAUCCAGUAUCCUAUGGUCCUUUAUCUUUCAAAGGAUAUGGAGGAAUGA